AUGGUUCACAUUGAGAUCCGGAAUAAAGAAUUCGCCAUGAUUUCAUUUUCAACAUCAGGAGCGAAAUCAAUAUUAAGUGGUGCACUUUUUGGUGCAGCACUCACUGCAGCAGGAGUUUAUUCUCCUGCUGUGAUUAUAUCGCAGAUGAAGUUGGAAUCUUUUCAUAUGCUGAAAGUGUUUCUAUCAGCAAGUGCUACUAGCGCUGCGAUAUUCCUCCUCGCCCAUCGUCUCUCACCAAACAUCGCUCCUCCUCGCCAACCCUCUUCCCUAUCUCUAUUUCCCUACGAUGGAAAUCUCAUCGGAGGUCUCCUCCUCGGUACCGGUAUGGCACUCACGGGCGCCUGUCCCGGAACCGUUCUCCCUCAAAUCGUAACCGGUUAUUCAUCCGGACGUUACGCCUUCCUCGGAGGAAUCCUCGGCGGAAUCAUAUAUUCUUUUAUCCGUCCCUUCAUACGUUCUUCGAACACUCGUCCCAUCGUUCCCGAUUCCAAACCAACACUCUAUCAAAAACUCGACCCUAAAGCCGAUGAAGUAAAAGCAGUUUAUAUUUAUCAAAACUUUUGUUGGGGAAUCAUUCUUCUUGCUUCGUGGCUUUCAAAUUCUCAGGAACAAAGUUUGUUGAGUGCGACGUGGGGAGGCAUUGGUAUUGGGUGUGCGCAGGGAGCAAGUCUUUGGUUGACGGGGAACACGUUGGGGACUAGUGCUGCGUAUGAACAGAUUGGAGAUCUAUUCUGGUGGGCAUUAGAGAGAUUGAGGAGUGGUGAUAUUGUUUCUUCUGAAAAGGUUUAUGAGAAUGGAAAUGGAAAUGGGAAUGGUGUAUCGAAGCACCACGCUAUCCCUCAACGUAAACCCCGCCCCUCCAUCCGCUCAAACCUCUUCACCUUCGGCAUCCUCCUCGGCUCCUAUAUCCUUUCUCACACUUUUACACUACCAUCUUCUCUUCCCUCACCUCUCCCCAAAUUAUCCCUCGACACACCCAUCACCUCAGAAAUAUCAAUAAUCCAUGCACUCUUAGGAGGGAUAGCCAUGGUCCUCGGCGCACGCAUAGCAGGUGGUUGCACGAGCGGACAUGGUAUUAGUGGAAUGAGUCUGUUGAGUGUCAGUAGUGUUAUUAGUGUGGGAGCUAUGUUUGGCGGUGGCAUAUUAUGGGGCACUGUUGUUGGUUGA